GAAUCUCAUUCCUUCGUAUAAAAAUCGCUCAAGCAGACAAACGGGAAUUAAUGCUGGAAUCGAAGAGGGGGAAUGAACAAACAAUCGCCUACAAAAUUAUUCAAGUGCAGUGAAUGAAUUCAAUCGUUUGCUAUUGAAUCUCCUCACAAGGUCACUCUGUUGGCUAUUCUAGUUUCAUUUGAAAUCAGGUUCAUUAAGUGGAUUGAACUUAUAGCCUCCUACGAUGGAAAACAAUGGUAUAAAAGCUGAAUUUCGUAAGCCUUCUUCUGAAACAGUUGGCAGGAAGUAUAGACGUCGAUCUUCUGUUAGUGGGUCGUCGUCAUCAGAUGAAAGUCCUAAACGAGACCGCAGUUAUAGUCCAAAGCUCUCGAGAGAUGAUGCUUCAAAAGACUCUGAACGAAAACCAAGGAGAAAAGAGGAUGAAAGAGAAUUGAAUAAGGAUUCAGGAAAUCAUCAUAGUCGAAAUUCUGAUUCUUAUAGAUAUUCUGAUCGGAAAUCCUCAAGAACUUCGCAUGGCUACUCUAGGCAUGAUGAUUAUGCCAGACAUGACAAAUAUGCGGAUGAAGACAAAGAUUAUGAACGGUUAUCCUCUCGUUCUGGUAGGGAGUCAAAAGGUGGUGGUCAUUAUGAUCAUACAAGACGAGAUAGUGAACAUUUUCGUUCACGAGACUACUCUCGGGAUGUAGAAAAAAGCUCUCGAGAUAAAUAUGAUGGUUCUGGACAUAGAAGUAGGGAUGGGGAUUCCUUAUCUGAGAAACAUGGUUCUGGUAGUAGAAGGCAUGUGAGCUCUAAAGAAAUGGAGAAACAUAGGAAUAUUAGAGACCGAGAUGGUCGAGAUGAGAAGAGAGACAAUAUGAAGCAUUCUAGAGACUACAAAAAUGAACGAGUGCUCUCCCAUGACAAUGCUAGGGGGAACCAGUAUGACUCAUUUUUAGGAAGGGAUGAAAGCAAGCACUGUACAAAAGAAAUUCAUAAGAGUGACCAGAAGGACCUUGAUGAUGAAAAGUUCGCUAAGGAUGAGAGGAAAUAUGAUGGCAGAGAAACUCACUGGGACAAGGGCCACGGUAAAGCUGUUUUGGUAAAUGAAAAUCAAGGAUUGCCUGCUAAGAAACCUAAAUUGGUUAGCUUGGGAAAAGAAGUUAACCACGAACAGGAUGCUGAAGAAAAUCAAUCUUCAACCUCUAAGCAAGAACAGGAUGGAAAAAUGAGUUUAGGACAAGCCCAAAGUGGCGACUCUGAUUUUGCUGCUGACUUCAGUGCUGCAAAAGUUGCUGCCAUGAAAGCUGCUGAAUUAGUUAAUAAGAACCUUGUUGGCGUGGGUUAUAUGACCACCGAUCAAAAGAAGAAGCUGCUGUGGGGGAGCAAAAAGAGUUCUGCUGUAGAGGAGUCCGGACACCACCAGUGGGAUACAGCAUUGUUUACCGAUCGCGAACGGCAAGAAAAAUUCAACAAACUCAUGAGUCUGAGGUUGCCUUGGUGCCUAUGGCCACUUGUAGGGUGUGAAGGGCGAGCUGAAGACGGAGCCCCAACCAACGAACCAAGAUGGCAGCGAACUUCUCCGUGCCGAAAAGCAAAAGGAGCUCCAGAUGGAUUUAGAAAAACAAUACACUGCUGGACUUCGAAGAAGAGACGGUCGAACGGUUGGAUUAGGUCUUUAAGCUUGUUCAGGUCUUUAAGCUUGUUCGUCAUCAGCUGUGGAUUAUUUCUGUGCUUUGAUGAAAUUGUUAUGAGAAUCUUUUGUUUAUGUUGUUGCUGCACAAGAGUUGUGUUGAAUGUGCUUUCAACAGCCUUUAACGUUAUGUUAUUCUCCUCUCCACCUCCCCUUAAGACCAUAGGAUUGUGGGUUUAUGCAUUUAUGAAGGUUAUAAGAUCAUCAGGUUGCCUCCAAUUCCUUGAUUGA